CCUACUACCAUGGCCCAUCAAACAGUUUAGCAUCCAUAAACCCUAGAUCCUAAAUCUACCACCAUCAGCGCAUCCAACAGUUUCGCAACCCUAAACCUUGUUGAGAGUUAAUUUUGGAAAUUGCAAUAUAAUUACGGUAGAUAUAAACCCUAAACCUUGUUGAGAGUUAAUUUUGGAAAUUAAAAUAUAAUUAAGGUAGUAUAUCCCUUAUAUUAAAAAAAAAAAAAACAUAAUUAAGGUGUAUUAGAUUUACUAGAAAAACUGCAGAGUUAAUGCUUGUUGGUAAUUAUCAUUAAGGUAUUUCUCUAGUAAAAGUAGGACUCUUGUCUGCAGAUUAUACGCAAGAAACAGAAGAAGAAAACUAUCUUCCAGAAAUCGAUCUUUAUACUCUUCCCCACUAUUCUUCCUGCCGUCGGUACCCAAUAAACCUCACAAAAGAUGAGUCUUGCCAAUUUGCCACAACACUCUUCUAGUUCUUCCUGCAAGUCCUCGCUGGAUGAAGAAUUUGAUGAUGAUAGUGAAGUCGACACUGAUAGGAGUAGAAAGCGGUGUAAGGAGGAGGAUCUUGGAAGCAUAGAGGAAACUCAAGGGUCAGGCUCACAAGUACUUGUAGAAGAAAACUCAAAAUCAUCCCGAAAGAAGGAUAUUUGUGCUCAUCCUGGUUCAUUCGAACAUAUGUGUAUAGUUUGUGGGCAGCCGGUGGAUGACAAAUUUGGUGUGGUAUUUGGGUAUAUACACAAGGGAUUAAGGCUUCACAGUGAUGAAGUUGAUCGGUUACGCAAAAUAGACCUCAAGGGGGCGAUGCGCCAUAAGAAGCUUUACUUGGUACUUGAUUUAGAUCACACACUGCUAAAUUCCACCAAACUGGAUCGUAUGACUGCAGAAGAAGAAUACUUAAAGAGCCAAACAGCUGAUUCCCUGCAAGAUGUUUCAAAAGGUAGCCUAUUCAAGGUGGACAUUGUGGAUAGGAUGAUCAAGUUGAGGCCUUUUGUUAGGACAUUUUUAAAGGAGGCCAGUGAAAUGUUUGAGAUGUACAUAUAUACAAUGGGUACACGAGUCUAUGCACUCGAAAUGGCGAAGCUGCUUGAUCCCAGGAAAGAGUACUUCAGUGAUAGAGUGAUAUCAUGUGAGGAUGCCAUCAAAAGACAUCAAAAAGGUCUAGAUAUUGUGCUUGGACAAGAGAAUGCUGUUUUAAUCCUUGAUGAUAAAGAAGAUGCAUGGACAAAGCACAACAGCAAUCUAAUAUUGAUCGAAAAAUAUCAUUUCUUUAGAUCGAGUAGUGACAAAGGUGGGUUCAAAUGUAAGUCCCUUUCUGAGUUGAAGAGUGAUGAAAGUGAUACUGAAGGAGCUCUUGCAGCUGCUCUUGAUGUUUUGAAACAAAUCCAUACUACGUUCUUUCAUGAAUUGGAGGACAAUCAGAGCGAUGUAAGGAAGGUGUGGAAAACUCUUAAGGAGGAACCAUUGAAGGGGUGUAAACGAGUUUUCAGCUAUGUCUUUCCCUCAAAAUUCCAGGCAGAUGCUGGAAGCCUGGAACAGGCAAGUUCUGAUUCCAUCCACAGUGCAAUGAAGCUGCAAACUCUAUGUUGUGGGGAAAGCAACCUGAUGAGAAGUUCACUACCAAGCGAAUGAAAACCUCAUUAUCUGUUCUUGCAGCACUGACCGUGUCUGCAUGUAGUUUGAAAUACUUUUGAUCCCGAACGUGGUUCCUCCAUUGAUCUCACUCAAUCGUAUCUCUUAGAGAUUACCAUUCUCUUUCAUUUUGAACUGUUGAAUUUCAUAAUAGUAAUCUUUUUCUCUCUCUA